AUGAGGAAUCAUGAAUCCCGUCCUACUGGCUCCACUCCAUUCCCAGAAGCAAAUGCAGUGGCAAGUGAAUCAACCGUGGCCAUGGUCGUGGACGUGGACGGGGCCGUGGUCGUGGCUGUGGGCGUGGCCAUGGAUGUGGUCGUGGUCGUGGAGGUAGUCGUUCCCACAAAGUGGGCAAAUAACAAUGAGCAUCACCAAAAAGAAUCUAGUGGAAAUAAUAAUCAUGCUGAAAAUCUUUGUUAUCAUUGUGGUGGCAAGAGUCAUUGGUCUCGUACCUGUCGUACGCCAAAGCAUUUGGUUGACCUCUACCAAGAAUCGCUGAAAAAUAAGAAUAAGAAUAAAAAUAAAGGCAAAGAGCCAAAGGUGGAAACAAAUUUUGUGGGAGAAAAAGGCGAUUCUGAUUAUAGCAACAUGGAUGUUACUCAUUUCGAUGUUACUGAUUUCUUUGCCAAUCCUGAUGGAAGAAUUGAUCACUUAAUUGGUGAUGGAAGUUUCAAAAAAUGA